CCAGCCAUCACCGUCUCGUCUCAUUCUCGAAAUCAAGUGAACAACUCUCGAGACGAAAUACUUCCAAGAAGCACGAAGUCUAUUAGACGACGAAGCCCCUCCUCUUCGGGAAGUGUUUCGAAUCUUGGGACUGUCGAUGACAUUACCCUGCGCCCGAGAAUCUCAUCACAAGCAUCUACAAGAAUUCCCAGUCCAAAUGCCUCCAUUAGAGACCAUCCAGACGCCGGCGACACCUUGUCAGAUCUUUUUAGACCUGUUAAAAUAGUUUCCACCGAAAACUUAGGCUAUACCCGCGAAGCGACACGAACAGGAGUACUUCGCACAAAAUUGGUCAUGCACAGCUUGAGCCAGGUAGUGAUUUCCGCUUCUUCAUACCUGUGGUUGAUUUCCUGCGAAUUGUUACACCACAAUCAAUCGCUACUGAGCUAGGGGAAUGCCUUCAUAUGCCUCACGAUGACCUUUGGCUGCAACAAAAAGCUAAGAAGAUCUUUGCUGUUGCUCCUAGACUCUUUGCGACGCUUGUCCUUGUUCUGGAUUCAGGAGGGAAUAGAAUUAUGGAAUUCCUCGAUGCAGGCAUUGACGAUAGUCAUUUACCUUUUGUCCGACUCUCUACACCUACUACAAGAGAUGGAUCUACCCGUUUGCAACUUUGCAGCAAAAACGCUCCUAAUCAGCCGCUUGAAUGUAUGGCUGGCUGGGAAAAGCUCAGCAUCCAGCGCUUUGCACAGACACAACACUCCAUGUACCCACCCACCUUUGUGUUCCGCGACGAUAUCCAGCACUACGAUUUUGGCGAGCAUACCGUUCUUCCUUUCAUCGAAGACCACGAACGAAGGAAGUCUGAUAACGAGAAAGGGCCGAUAGAGGGCGGUUAUGGUUCAGUUUGGAAGGUUGCAAUCCAUCCCGCUCACCAGCAAGUAUUCCCUCGAGAGGGAUCAAGAGGAAGAAGACCCAUGCACGUGUCGAGGUCCGGUUCUAUUCUACCAUUACGCUACAAGUACAACGCAAUCAAACGACUGAAUUCAACGAAUGAAGAGAGUUUCAGAUCAGAAGUGGCAAUGCUUCGGGCUUUCAAAAAAUACCCCCACCAGCAUUUGGUCGAUCUGCUGGCGACGUAUAAGUGGAAGGGGAUGUUCCAUCUGAUUUUCCCUUUUGCCGAAUUGAAUUUGCGGGAGUAUUGGAAGACGACGCCCCUGCCCGAAUUCUCUGAAAAGACUGUGUUUUGGAUCUUGAGGCAAUGCCGAGCAAUCACAUCUGGACUGCACGUUGUCCACGAAUACCGGUAUACAUAUGCACAAGAGACAGAAUCAGAAGAGGGUCGUAAGUUUGGUCGCCAUGGAGAUAUCAAAGCCGAAAACAUGCUUUGGUUCCCGGAGGAGGGCGACGAACAUGGGAUUCUCGUCAUCGCCGACUUUGGCUUGACCGACUUCCACAACCGAGCCACAAGAUCUGGUCCUGCAAAGAGCAUCACUGGAUCGCCUUCGUAUGAACCCCCUGAGCUCGUUCUUUUUUCGCAGAUCUCUCGCGCCUACGAUAUCUGGAGUCUUGGUUGCAUGUUUCUCGAGUUUGCCACAUGGCUCGUCGGUGGACAGGAUGCCCUUGACGAAUUUGCGAGACAUCGACUUCUUCGAGGACCCGAAAACUUCAAAGAUGAUACGUUCUUUACUAUUGUGGGUGACGAUAGUCCUGGCAAUCCACGGAUGGCGAUUGUCCGAGAAAGUGUCCGAGCGUGGAUACACGGCCUCCACGAAAUGCCACGGUGCUCAAGUUUUGUGAAUGAUUUACUAAACCUCAUUUCAGAGCAAAUGUUGGUGAUUGAACCCAAGAACCGAAUCAGAAUCAGAAUGCUAAACCGUGAGCUGGCCAGCAUGCUGUCAAAGGCCACAGAAGAUCCAGGCUAUCUUACUGUUCCACGACCGUCAAAACCUAUGGCCGUGCAGAAUCCGAGUCUUUUGGCGUUACCGCCGCCCAGUACCUCCGUUGGAACACCACUUCCCAGGAGUAGCGCGGUUCUGGAGACUCGUUCGUCAACAGACAUCCCAAGCUCUAGACUAUCGAACAUCUCAAGACCUACUUCUCUCAUGACUUUUUCGACAGAUUGAGGAGAAUCGUUGUUGAACGCGGAAUUGUAAAUAGACAAGGCGCUCGCCGGGGCCGCAAAUAUGGGUAAUUGAUAGUUGGGUGUUUUGUCCUCAAGAAUUUAGCACUCCGUGUUUUCCACAUGUUGUUGCAACAAACCUCAGUAAGAAGUCUCGGCAGCGUCAAAAUCCAGCAAUUCAAUUGCAUCUGCGAGAUCUUAGCAAAAUGUGCUGAGACAUCCAAAUGUGGCUGAGCAUAUCCAUACCCUGAUGAUAUAAUCGCCAUCUGGAAAAAGCCUUUUCAUGAGUCGGAUCAGCUUCUUCCUGUCCACAUAACGACCCUCGAUGACUUGUUGCAUGUUCGUGUCCCGCACAAACAAAACUAGGAGUCUGGAUGUUUACUGUUGACGUCCACAACCUCGAGAAGUUCAA